AUGUUUAGAGGUCAUGUUUUUCUUGCGGCAUCGAAUGUGCCCAAAGAUGUUCAAGCACUUGUGUUAGCUUGUGGUGGUCGAGUGGUAUCAAGGCUUGAGGCUACUGUAACGUUUGGUCUCGUUGCGGCCGCUUCUUUAAAUGAAAUAGGAGGAACUCUUUCUGAUGAAGAGAAACUGCGUGGAUUGCGUAUUCCAAUUGUGCGUAGCAGUUGGAUUCGUGCGAGUGUUGCGGCGGGUCAUAUGGUGCCGGUGAAAUAUCCACAUGCGGUGUAUGAUCCCGAACUCUUUGCAUCUUUUCACUUUACGACGGUGUGGCUGCCAACAUCACUGGAGAAGAAUGUGAUUGCGGUGAUGCAGUUCUUUGGUGGAACAUAUUCACCACAGUUAACAGCCACAACCAACAUUCUUGUUUAUGGAGAUACAUCUUCUCACUGUGGUGAAGGUAUCGCAAGAGAAACGGCCGCUGCGGUUUCUACGGAAAGUGAAAUGCGUGAAAUAUGGAGACGGGCGAUGGAGUCUGCCAUUCCAUGUGUAUCGGUGGAGUGGCUGCAUAACUGUAUUAUCUCACAGCAGUUACAUCCACUACCGCAGCAGCCGUUAAAAGAUGUGAGUAUGGAUUUAAACUCUACUAUUACUAGUGCUGCUGCUGUUGCUGUUGUAAGUGGAGACUGUGAAAACAGUGGAGGGUCUUUGCAGGAUGCAGCCACUAAUUCACGAAUGGAUCUCUCUAUGGAGGGUAAGAGAUCCCCACAGAGGUGUCGUGAUAACAGAUAUUCGAAAGCUGAUGUGCACAGUUUAUUCACACCACUUAUUUCCCUCAGCGAUCUGUGCGAAGCUGUAUUGGAUACAGAGUAA